GUGCUCAUCGUCGGCAUGGGAAAGGCGGAUGGCGUACACGCAGUAAGAGAUGAGUGGCUCGUGGCGCAGUUGGGGAGAAAACUGUGGCGGGAGUAAAACGUAGUUCAGAUACGUAUAUCAAACAAUGAAGAGGUAAUCGUCGGCACGGGAACGGCGGACGGCGUACACGCAGUAAGGGAUGAGUGGCUCGUGGCGCAGUUGGGGAGAAAACGUAGUUCAUGUGAUGGUGGACGACGAAGAGCUCAUGUGAUCGACGUCGAGCGAGAGCGAGAGAGCAGGAGGAAGAGAAAUCGAGAAGAAGAAAUGAUGGAAACACAUUUGAUGUCGAAUCAAAUGCUGCGCUGCGCCCAAUUCGGGCCUGCAACGCAGCUUCUAUCGACGCGCAGAUUCUCUCGCGGCACAUGGAUCGUCGGGCUUCGAUCGGGGAGCAGGAGGCCGAAUGAUGGAGGAGGCUUGAGGGCCGGAGGCGCCAAUGGCGACGACGGCGAGCAGAGCGAGAGCAAAGGGCAGCAAUUGUGGCGGAAGGAGCUGCAGUCGUCGAACGAGCUGGGCCUCUUCGACGACGAGAAGCUGCAGAAUUCCGAACUGCAAAAGGACAUCGAGAGAUUAGCGAAGAAGGAGGAGGUGGAGCGCAUUCUGAAGCGGCCUUACAACGAGGACGCGCCGGCCGCGGCGGGCGAGGGAGGCGCGCUCCUGAGCGUGGUCGAGAAGAUUUUGGUGGCGGACUUUUUCUUCAUCCUCUUCAUCCUCGCGUGGCUCGUGGCCGCGGUGGCCGAGCAAUCUUUCCUGGAUUCGACGAAGCUUAUCGACUCGUGGCUUCCGCUCUGGCCUUCUCUGUUCCAACCCGCUCUGGGCCUUUUCAUGGCCGGGGCUAUCGUGUCGGCAGUGGCCAAGAAGAAAGAUCCAUGAUGCGCAAUUCCUCUGCUUUCGUGUCUUCUUCUUCCUUUGCGGUGUCAGAUUACAUUAUCCUAUCCUCGCAAAGGUGUUCUGAAUUCUGUUUCAGUUUCCACGAAUCAUUCCUCUUCUCGAUACUUCGAUUCUUGCAGUGACGACCAUCGUUGUCUGCGCGUCCACUUUGGGAUUGCUUUUCUGCCACUGCUUGGAUUCUGUACAGGCCCCAAUCUAACGACCGACCAAUGUUGUCACUGUGUGAGCGAUUUGGGUCUUCUCAGAAACAUGCUGAACAUGAUGUUCUCGCAUCAUUCUUGUAUCACGUAGGAUUAUUGGACAUAGUGGUGAAUUCGACCUGCACUAAAUUACACCUGAUCAUUUUUGGAACAUGAAGGAUUAUUAGACAUAGUGGUGGAAUCGACCUGCACUAAACUACACCUGAUCUCAACGUGGCAGCAAGUGUUGUAGGAAGGUUUCACUGCAGAGGAGCAGUUGCAGGUUCUAUCACUGACCCAUGAGUUGUAGGGAAGCAGGAGUGUUCAAGUGUGCAACAGUUGACCGAGAUGUUCUUACCGAACACAAGUAAUUUUUGUCUUGGGUUUGUGAUUCUCAAUUAUAAUUUGGUAAAUGCAAUUGUGUACCAAAUUUACUCGUCAAUUUUUGUUCUUUUGUCACAGAAGUUAUCACGGGAUGGACUUUCUCUCGUCUCGUCCAGGAGCAGUAAGAGUGUCCAAAAUUGAAAUACUUGCGUGCAGUUAAAUGUCAGGAUAAGUAUCGG